UAAUUAGAAACUUCAAAUCGAUUCCCAGAAAAAUAAAAACCCUCAAAAUAAAUUCUGGGAAUUCUAUAAAAGGCAGAACUUUAUCGACAACGAGACAAGAAUCUCUACAUCUAACCUGACCCAUCUCACUUUUUCUCCAUAAAUAUAAUUUUCAGGGAUCAUCCAAUCAGCGAAAGUGGUAUAUAUAUACUGUUUGCUCACACUGUGAUCUCAGCUGGCCAUCAAUUUACUCGACAGUUCAUAUUUUUGGGUGAAGUAGUUGGAAAACAUGUCGUCGACUAUUCUGGUGACGGGCGGCGCCGGCUACAUUGGCAGUCACACCGUGCUGCAGCUGUUGCUCGGCGGUUACAAGGCUGUGGUGGUGGAUAAUCUCGACAAUUCGUCGGAAAUUUCCCUCAAGAGGGUCCAGGAACUUGCUGGGAAGCAAGGCUCAAAUCUCACUUUUCAUAAGAUUGAUCUUCGGGACAAGCCUGCACUUGAGGAGCUUUUUACUUCCCAAAAGUUUGAUGCUGUUAUUCACUUUGCCGGAUUGAAAGCAGUUGGAGAAAGUGUGCAAAAACCCUUGCUGUAUUAUAACAAUAACCUCAUUGGUACAAUUGUUCUGUUGGAGGUCAUGGCUGCCCAUGGGUGUAAAAGGCUAGUGUUUUCAUCCUCUGCUACCGUGUAUGGUUCACCAAAAACAGUCCCAUGCACAGAGGAGUUUCCCAUUAGUGCUCUGAAUCCUUAUGGAAGGACAAAGCUUUUCAUUGAAGAGAUAUGCCGUGAUCUUUACCAGUCAGACCCCACAUGGAAGAUCAUUUUGCUAAGGUACUUCAACCCAGUUGGCGCGCAUCCUAGUGGCUAUAUUGGCGAAGAUCCAAGAGGAAUCCCAAACAACCUCAUGCCCUUUGUGCAACAAGUAGCCGUUGGAAGGCGACCUGCGCUUACAGUUUAUGGAACUGACUACGCGACCAAGGAUGGAACAGGAGUUCGUGAUUAUAUCCAUGUUGUGGAUCUAGCAGAUGGCCAUAUUGCUGCUUUGAACAAGCUCUCUGAUACUUCUGUAGGCUGUGAGGUGUACAAUCUUGGGACAGGGAAGGGCACAUCUGUAUUGGAAAUGGUAGCAUCUUUUGAGAAAGCAUCUGAGAAGAAACUUCCGUUGGUGAUGGCUGAUCGACGACCGGGUGAUGCUGAGGUCGUGUAUGCAGAGACGGACAAAGCUGAAAAGGAGCUGAAAUGGAAGGCGAAAUUCGGGAUCGACGAGAUGUGCCUGGAUCAGUGGAACUGGGCUAGCAAGAAUCCCUAUGGUUAUGAACCAGCCAAGUGAAGUUGUGUGUUGUAAUAUGUGGCUUUUGUACCAGAAAUCUCCGGCACAGUGUGUUUAAUAUGAGAGUGUGAAUGCUGUAUGUUUUCAAACUCAAACUCCCUAACCUUAAUAAAAUGCUGGAUACUAUCACUUUUUUCUGUAA